AAAUUGACAAGCCAACUGUGCUUACUCUUUUCCAUUAAACAUCUCCAUGGCGUUACAUGGCUUUGUAUAAGAAAUGCAAAAGCUUCGAGCAGGUUUUGAUCAGGUUGGUGGUAAGAUGGAGAAGGCGCCCGGAAGUCCGGUUUUUCGCGCGACUCCAUUAGUCUGCUUGCUUCUCCUCACCUUGCUCUACACUCUGCAUUUCGGAUCCAAUCAAUGGAACCAACAGAUAAGAAAUCGGGGCAGCAGUCGCAGCACCCCCGGAAAGGAUGGCCGAGGCAUUGAUGAUCAAGAGCACCUGAAUUUUCUCUUGAGAAGGCUACUGAGAGGAGAAGAUCAAAACCAACUUGAAGCCACUGGAUUUGCUUGCCAUUCUGACCUUCACACUGAUGUCUGUGUUGCCAAUAGAUCAGUAAGGAUCGAUACCCGUACAAUGAAGCUUUAUGCACCAUUCAGUCAAGGUAUGCCCCAAGCAAACAGCAUAGUCCGGCCAUAUGCAAGGAAACCAGAUAAGAGAGCCAUGAGUUUUGUUUCACCAGUCCAGAUACUUCAGGGAAACAUCACUACUCCAGCUUGUCAUUAUACCCACGACUUCCCUGCCAUAGUCUUCUCGUCCGGCGGCUUCAGAGGAAACCUAUUCCAUGAAUUCAACGAUAUAAUCAUUCCUCUGUUCAUCACUUGUCGCCACUUCCAAUCUCGCCUACGCUUCAUCACCACCGAUUUCAGUCCUUUGUUCGUUGGUAGAUUUAACAAAAUCCUGUCCCAUUUGUCUAGCUAUGAAGUCAUAAGACCGGCAGCAAAUGGAAGCGUGCAUUGUUUUCCUGGAGCAGUUAUCGGGCUUCACUACCACGGCAAUCUUGCCUUGAACACCACUGACAUCCCCGGAGGUUACUCCAUGCUUGGUUUCAGGCAAUUUCUCAGAGAAUCAUAUAAUCUGAAGGUAGUAAAUGUACCAGAGAUGAACAAGCCUGUGUUGAUACUUGUAUCUCGGGCAAAAACAAGAUCGUUUCUAAAUGAAGAUGACAUGGUGACUAUGAUGAAGGCAUUGGGCUUCAGAGUUGUCGUCGCAAGGCCUCAUAUGAUGUCCAAUUUAGACAAGUUCGCACAGGUGGUGAACUCCUGUAGUGUAAUGGUUGGUGCCCAUGGUGCAGGGCUUACAAAUGCUAUGUUCUUGCCCCAAGGGGCUGUCCUGGUGCAAGUGGUGCCGCUGGGCCUGCGCUGGCUCUCAUCCAGGUACUUUGGCGGACCAGCUAAAGAGAUGGGCUUGAAAUAUGUGGAGUACAGAGUCGAACCAGUGGAAAGCUCUCUCCUCACUCUCUACGACCAAGAUCACCCUGUCAUUACUAAUCCCGCAUCCAUAUUCUUGGAAGGGUAUGAGGUUGCUAGGGCUGUAUACAUUGAUGGGCAGAAUCUGACCAUUAAUGUUGUGAGGUUUAGAGAGGCUCUUGUCAAAACACUUGGACUUCUUGGACGCUCAACUACUUUGGGUUGAACAAACAGGGUUCUAAGAUGAUUCUUUCUCGUUUACCUGCGAAGAUGGAGAUUAAGAAAGACAGAGGAACCUGAGUGAACUGGAAGAAAAAGAAAUGAUUUAACACAUGAAUGUACAAUUGUAUAGUCCUCCGUGGUUAUAUUCGUUUGGAAAUGCCCUGGGCAACUGAUUCAAAUUUGAUUCAUUUUUUUCUGAAC